AUGAGUGGCUUCAUUGGAAACAGUGAAGACUUUUCUCUCGUUGGAGAGUUUGUCAAAGACAUCGCGUACCAUGCACGACGAAGCAUGGGAUACAGCCGAGAAGAACGUCGAAAGCAGGCUUUCGAAUAUCGGUUGCGAAAGCUCCGACUUCGACAGCGUCGAGAGCGGAAACGACAGGACCCUAAAGCUGUUCGUCGUGUUCCCCAAGUCACAGAGUUCGGCCGUUCCAUCGGACAAAUGCGAGCGCCAGUCCGAUCACAGGAGGCUAUCCCUGAGCAGUACUGGUGGUUGAUCAAUUUCAACUGGCGGUGCGGAGCCUUCAAGAACGACCCAGGUAUGCGGGCGCUUCUUGGGGAGGAGCGAAUGGAAGGGUUCCUGCUCGACGAGGGCGGCUCAGGCCUUUUCGUCAAAGAGUUCCAGGAGUCGCCGGAUGCGGUAGCCCCACGCAUUCACCGCGUGUUCCGGCCUUCGAACUUCCAGAAUCCUCUGCUGAAGGUGAAACUGCCGGAAGAACGGCAACACCAGGUCUGGGUCAAUAUGCGCCCGGCACUGAUAUUGGCGACCAAGUUUCUACUCGAUCAGAGGCAUGGGGCAUUUUGGUAUCACCUCAUGUACGGCACUGCCGUCACGGAUCGUGCUACGAGGAAGUCCUACCUGAUGCACUCGCCCAAAGAAAACGAUCUGGAAACUGCACAGGCGGAUUUCGCCGCCUUGCUUGAGAGCUUAGCGGACCGCAUGUCGUUCUACUGGCGGCCUGCAAUGCACAAUGGCGGGCAUGUCAAUGCCAUCUAUGGAUCUUCCUUCUGGCAAACCCUGGAGGAGUUCGUGGACAUCACACGGUGGCAGAACCUCCGUCGGCGCGCGGAAGGCUACAACGGCUACAUCGGCCUGAGCAGUAAUUUCCUCUACAACCUCAUUGGUAGGCAUGCACCUACGCGCACGCAUGUAGAAGCUGACAUAAACAUUCAGUUUCUCCUUGCGGUCACUCUGACACACGAGCUCGCACACGCCAUCUACGCAUGGCGCGACUUACCCUGCUGGGGGUUCCAAAACGGGCAAUCCGAGCUCUUCGUCUUCGACACCGACAUGUCGAACGAGGUGGGCUGGAGCUGGGAGUACCACACCUUCGGCGGUGUGAGCCUUUUUUGCGACCUCUUACACGAUCACAUCGGUAAACGAAUCAAGGCCCGGACGUGGGAGUCUAUGCUCCUGGGCGAAACCUCCAUCUACACGCCUGUGCCUAACGAUUGGCUCAAGAGCAUGUUCAUGAAGGACACUUGGAAGCACAUCAAUCAGCAUGUCAGCAGCAUCCCUAAGCCGGUAGGUCGUCCUGAAGUCUUCGUCGCGCUGAGGUAUAUUGACCGCGGUGGCCAGCUGAGUGUCGAGGAUGUUGAGUACAAGGAUGGCUUGGCUUGUAACCCAGAGCAUCAACUCCUGAACGAUCUCGAAGGGCCUGUUGAAGGGUGCGUAGAGGCGCGGUUCAAGCGCGUGAGGAAGUCCGAUUUCCGCAAGGCGAAGAGGACGGGUUUUUUAACCACCGUGGCGCAGCGCGGGCCGAGGAAUGAGGUGCUGGGGAAGGAGCUGGUUGUUGCACCGCCGCGUCCUCACAAUGCAGUCAUGGAGGAUGCAUCUGAGGAUGACGAUGCAUCGGAUGGUAGCUCGGUCACUCUGGGUAGAGACGACGACGAUGAUAGCGAUGAUGGGUUCGUGGAUGGAGAGGAUCCGCCCGAGGCGUGGGAUAAGGAGUUUAAGAUGCAUAGGAGUGAGGACAUGUACUUCUAG